AGGCGGUGAGCGGCAGCGAGGGGUCCUGCACGGCGAACACCUUGACCACCGCCAGGCCCUCGCGGUGCUUGGCCCGGGCCACCUUGAAGAAGCGGGUGCUGCCCAGGCUCUUGUCAUACUCGAACUCGUGGAUGUCAGAGAAGUAGCUGUCGACCGAGAGGAUCUGGGACGGGGCGAUGCCAGCCAGCUGGUUACCCAUGGCGACAGCAGCAAGCGCGAGACCGGCCGCUCAACCGUUUUUUUAAAACGGUCACGCGUUCUACUCCUCCGGCGCGAGUACAAAGAGCGUCAACAGCACCGCUGGCUUCCUCCCAUCAUCACGUCCGCUUUUAUUGUUUACUUUCUCAGUCACAUCUCAUCGAUAGAAACACCCGGUCCUGCUCCGAAUUCGUUUCUCUUCAAUUUUAGUCACUAUUCCACUUGUAUUUUAUUUUGUUUGAAUUCUGUCAUGCCGCUUUUAAACGCGGUUGACGGGAUAGUCUGGAAUUGCCCAGAAUAUUAUUUGUUUUCGAUUGAGCGAUGGCCCUGGUGGGAGUCCUGCGUGGAGUCCACACUCUGUGUGAAAGAUGGCGGCGAUAACUUUCUAGAUUCUCUCUGUGGUAAUGAGAAGUCUUCCCAUAUGAUAUACAAUGGAACUCUAUUGGUACAUAAUAGUGAUUAUAUUUAUUAUUGUCAAAAUCUUCUUCUACAUUUGCUGGUAUCGCUCAAGGCAGCGACAACUAGAUGCUUAUCUAAGCAAUCCACGGAAUGCCCAGAUAGUGAUUGUCGGAGGCAGGGCCUAUCUACAUCAACUCUGUGAACGGCAAAAUAGCCCUAUGUGGUAUAGCUGGUAUGGUGGUCAGGAUGACAGCUCUGUUGGUGAACCUUCUGGAUCUUUACCUCCUGCUCCUUCUUACAGUCAAUUAGAGGUGCCACCACCAUAUGAAGCAGUGUCAAGAGCUCAGUCAGAUGAUUUGAAACCUCCACCAUAUACGGAGUAUGCAGCCAGUAGUAUUGAAGAAACUCGUGCCCUCUCCAUACCAGAAGGGUAUGAUGCUUGCAGCUUGAGCGAUGCUCCUCCUCCAUACACUCCUAGCCCAUCAGUUGACGCUGAACAACAGGAUAAUGUGACACAACCUAAUUCCCAGGAGUCAGGCAGUACCACUACAACAGGCUCACCAUGUGAAGUCUGAGAAAAGAAAAUCCACUUCCUGGGACUUUUGUGGAAAGUUAUUUGGUUUUCUUCAGAAAAAUCCAAAGCACCUGAAUUGUCCCAUUUUUUUUGGUUUUGUAACAAUUCAAUUUUUUUGUCCAGUUUGAGACAUUUACAGUGAUGCACUACAUAAGAAUGCAUUGUUCACUGUUUGCUGCUACCAGCACUACCUUCUCUCUUUGCAAACAUUAAUCGCACUUUCCAAGGAAGAGCCCAAGCAAAGGAUCUUACCUGAUUGCAAAAGAUUGUACACUUGUCAGUGCCUACAAUGUGCGUACCCCAGUGCUGAGAGGGUGGGGGUUGCUGAGGCUGAGGGAUUGGUUGGGUUGAAUAAGAGAAGUACUCAGCCAUGACACCUGAUGCUGCCAACCAGGGAGACUGCAAAUUUUAAACAGUGAGUGAUGUCUCAAGUACUCACGGUUACAGAUAAACAGGAGGUGAGCUUUAUCUGGUGGGCACUAGGAUCACCUUGUGUUCCAGUGUUAUCAAAGUUUCUUCAAGGUCAUUCCUUGCAUUCUAUACUUUGUGAUGUUUUGCCAAAGCUGCAUCAUUGCCUUGAAGGAAAGAAGCUUCCCCUUGACAACAUGAAGGGACACCUUCAAUUUUAGAGGAAUGCACAAAAGUGUAGACUUUAAAGAAGACCUUUUUGUCCUAAGAGUAGUUGCUAAUUUGCUGCAAAAAUGUAUUUUUUAUAGUAGUGUAUUUUGUUUUUAAAUUAGAUGAUUCAACAAUACUCCAAAUUCCCUUCCUCAGAAUACCAAAACUUUCACCUUAAAUAUUAACAUAAAACAAUCCAAUUGUCUCAUUAUUUACACAGAAACCAAACCCAUUUGUUACAGAUUUUUAAAGCAAAAGAAGUAUUUGCUGUAUAGAUGGUGUUGUGCAUUGAGAUCUGUUUGAUUCCCAGAAUUAUGAGAGUGGACUUUGUUACUAACGCUAAUUCUGGUAAGCCCAUUUGCUAUUAGUAUUCUGAGACAUUUCACUAUUUUCCCACUUUUUGUUACAAGUCUGUAUUUUAGUAAUGUACGCUCAUCCCAGGUACAUGAAAUACCAGGAUUGAAUCUAAAUUAUUUGCACGGAUUUAUGUCCUGUGGUUUUAGUUUAAAUGAACUGAAUUUUUUUUUCAGAUCUUCGGACUUUUAUUUGUACUGAUAUAUUUCUCCCAUGCAUUAAACCAAUCUCCAAGGCAUGUUUGUAAGUUUAUAUAUUUUUAAAAAGGUUAUUUAAUUACAUGAAUAGGUAGCUUUGUUGAUCAUGUUUGGAUGGUAUUUCAAGAAUCUCUCAAAUGUAGCCUGUUCUACCUGAACAUCCCUAUUUUAAGAGUUUUCUGUUUUGAGAAUGGUCGCGGUUUCCUUAAUUUUAUAUUCUCCAGUUGCUUGAAAUUAAAAUUGAAUUUGACCGUUCAUUAGACCUGUGUAAAUGUUCAGACCAACUUGUUUGACUUGCUAAAUUAUGUAGAUUUUCAACCAACAAAUACAGUUUUGCUGAUUCUGUCUAAAUCUGUCUUUAUUCCUCUCUUUUGUUUUUAUGGUACUUUUGUUCGAUACAAUCAUUCUUGAUCAGUGUCCACAACAUAGAUACAUUUUGACAGUUUUCCUUUAAAGUUAUAACUAUGUCCCAUUAAAUAUUUUUUAUCUCAAGUCACCAGUGUGCAAUUAAACUGAAAAAUGGAAGUAAACAAUUGGAGAUCAAUAGAAAAGUGUUUUGCAAUU